AAAGUUCUCCCUUUGUAGUGUUUAUAGAUAGAUAACCUCACUCUGCAACUGUAACCCUUUCGCCGCCGUGUCUCCAUCGGAAACCCCCAACUUCCGUUGAGCUUCACCCUUGAACGCCUUUCUGCUCGAUUUGGGAGAUUCAGCAUCCCAACCCGUCGUUGUUCAACAAUCACCGCCUUUUGUUCCAUAUUCCAAGGUUUUAGGGGUAUCCAUGGAGACUCAAUCUGAUGGUAAUGAGGAUGCUAUAGCUACCAUUAAAGAUAUUAGGCAACAGCUUGAAGCUCGCAUCGAUUCCCAGCACAAGGCUCACAUGGAGGUGCUUGGUAAUAUACAAGCCAUAAUACCUAAUCUUGUCUCGUCGCUUGACCUUUCUCUCAAGGUUGUCUCUUCGUUCAACCAUCGUCCUUUUGCUCCGACACCUUCCCUGCCUCCGCCUGAUCCUAAAUUGAAUCCUAAAAAAGCUUCUAAGUUAGCUCACCGUUCUAAUGCUGAAACCAGCACUGAUGGCUCUGUUGAGGCUGACUUGUUGAAUCCCAAGAGUCAAAAGACCGAUAAGCCUCUGGAUUCAAACCAAGCUUGCCAGGUAGAGUCUGAGAGGCUUAGUCCAUUAGCUGUGGUUCGAACAAUGGUCGCUGUUUGUCUGUUAGGGCGAGUACCCUUCUCACCAAUUGAUUCUUCCACUGUGUUGAGGGAAUUGGAGAAUGAUCAGACAGUGACACCGGCAGAGAAGGCUGCACUUCAGGAGCUUGGGGGUGAUUCAGGGGCUAUGCAUGCUGUGGAGAUGGCUUUGAGGUCAAUGGCAGAUGAUAAUGGUGGUAUUGAAUUGGAGGAGUUUGUGGUGAGUGGCAAGGCAAGAAUUAUGGUUUUAAAUAUAGACCGAACUCGGCUUUUGAGAGAAUUGCCAGAAAGUGCACACUAUCAGCAGAUUGAAUCAAGUUCUGGAGAUGGGAAUGUGAAUCAAAAUCAAGGUCAGAAAAUUACUACUAGUGGCCCUAAUGUGAAUGGUGGUUUGCUUGGGAUGGCAAGACCAGUUCUGAGGCCACCAAUGUCUGAUAUGUGGAUACCUCAUGGGGACCCCCAUAUGUCAGGGUUACAACCAAUAUUUUCAGGAGGACCAAGGGGUGCACCUAGAGUAGUGGGCAUGAUUGGGACACAUAGAGGUAUAGGUAUUCCAUCAAUGCAUAGACCCCCGUUGGGGCCAAAUGCACCAGGGAGUAGUCCUAAUGGAAUGCCACAGAAACCAAGUACAGUGGAGGAUGAUAUGAAGGAUCUUGAAGCUUUGUUGAAUAAAAAAUCAUAUAAGGAGAUGCAACAAUCUAAAACCGGUAAGGAGCUUUUGGACCUAAUUCACCGACCAACAGCAAGAGAGACUGCUGUAGCUGCCAAGUUCCGAACAAGAGGUGGUUCUCAGGUGAGGCAAUACUGUGACUUACUGACAAAAGAGGAUUGCCGACGUCAGUCCGGUUCCUUUAUGGCAUGUGUUAAGGUUCAUUUUAGACGUAUCAUUGCUCCUCAUACUGACGUCAAUUUAGGAGACUGUUCCUUUCUUGAUACCUGCCGACACAUGAAGACAUGCAAGUAUGUUCAUUAUGAGUAUGAUCCUGUACCUGACAUGCCUCCGACAAUGAUUGGUGGUGCUCCUCUUCCUCCCAAACCACUAAAGCAACGUGCUGAAUAUUGUUCUGAAGCGGAACUUGGUGAACCACAAUGGAUCAACUGUGACAUACGCAACUUUAGAAUGGACAUUUUAGGUCAAUUUGGAGUAAUAAUGGCAGAUCCACCAUGGGAUAUUCACAUGGAACUUCCUUAUGGAACAAUGGCUGAUGAUGAAAUGCGCACUCUUAAUGUCCCUGCUCUGCAAACUGAUGGGCUUAUAUUUCUGUGGGUAACUGGACGUGCAAUGGAACUUGGACGGGAAUGCUUAGAACUUUGGGGAUAUAAGCGUGUUGAGGAGAUCAUUUGGGUGAAAACAAAUCAACUUCAGCGAAUAAUCAGAACUGGACGUACUGGUCACUGGCUCAAUCACAGUAAGGAACAUUGUCUUGUUGGAAUAAAGGGUAGCCCUAUAGUGAACAGGAAUAUUGACACUGAUGUUAUUGUUGCUGAGGUUCGGGAAACAAGCCGCAAGCCAGAUGAGAUGUAUCCUCUGCUGGAGAGGAUAAGUCCAAGAACAAGAAAGUUGGAAUUGUUUGCUCGCAUGCACAAUACUCAUGCAGGAUGGAUGUCUCUUGGUAAUCAAUUGAGUGGUGUAAGAUUGGUUGACGAGGGGCUGCGGGCAAGGUUUAAGGCUGCUUACCCAGAUGUGGAGGUGCAGCCAUCAUCACCUCCCAGAGCUUCUGCUAUGGAAGUGGACUCUAGUGUUCCUGCUCCUACGAGGAGUCCAUUUGCAGUCACAGAACCAAAAUCCACAGCGGCGCAGUCUGCAGAGCCUGCAGCUCCAGCAACUUCCAUUGCUUCAGAGGAGAAGUCAAUGGCCAUUGAUGUGGUGGACAUUGGCUAAGUGUGCACCUAUUCAAUCAUGAUUCAUAGGGAAAAUUCCUCGAUAAAGCUCAAGGGAAAAUAACAAUUUGACCUUUGUACCAUUUUUAAUUUGUACUUUUCUCUGGCAUUUUUCUUUUCUAUUUUGCAAAGGUGAGGUGUAGCAAGUUUUGGGCAAGAAAUACCUGAUUGGAGAGAGGAUGCUUAUGUAAAUUACAUAAUGCUGUAACAGUUUUUUAGAUAUGAGAAUUGUAGUAAAAGUAGCAUUCUAGUUGUACGUGCUGCUAUAUUAAUUUCAAUCUGAUGUUAAAGGCAUCAAUGUUGUGAA